AUGAAGAUUGAUGGGCGUCGUGUGGCCGUCGACUACGAGCGGGGCCGAACGCAGAAGAGCUGGCUGCCACGGCGACUCGGCGGAGGCAAAGGGGACACGAGGAAGACCCGCGAGUCGAAGGCCGAACUCUUGUCUCGAAGCGGUACAACGGUGGCGGAGGCGGACGCCGAUCCCGCUCUCGCGAUCGUGGCGGUGACCGGGGAGGCGACCGUGGCGGAGACCGCGGUGGUGAUCGAGGAGGUGACCGAGGUGGAGAUCGUGGCGGUGAUCGACACGGUAGCUACGGAUAUGGCGGCGGCGGCUACGGAGCCACGAGCGCCUUGGAUGGAGGCUUCGACCUCUUCCGAACAGUCGGACGUCGUCUGGUCGCUAUGCGAAAAGCUAAGGUCUGAAAAGUUGCUGCUGUCCAGCGAGAAGGAGACUGUCGUCCAACUUCACAAACAGAUCACGGACCGGCUCGUCGAGCUGGGGACGACCGAGUGGAGCUCGCAGCAGCAUCAGUUGACCCUGCAUCGACUGAUCAACUCGCACGAGUCGGUGAAGCCGGAAGCCACCUGCAAGCUGGUCAGCCAAAUUUCGGAUCUGCCAUGGGUUGAGGCUUAUCGGAGGCUUGAACACCAUGCCGCAAAUUACGAAUCGUUGCUGAACCUGCUUUUCAAACACCCGAAAGCCACCGCCGAUUUCUUGCUGGCAUGUGAUGCGUUGACGCCUGACGACAAAGUGUCGAGCGAGCAGGUGACCUUCGCCGUAUACUCGCUCGUCUAUAGCAAUUCGCUAUUCCCCGAUGACGAGCGACUAGUGAUGGAUGUGCUGAAAAAUCUGAUCGAUCUACAAGUCGUCCAUCACAACGAUCCGCGGCUUUUGCUGCGACGUGGGAAUUCGGCGUUUCCUCGGCUCUAUCGUCUUUUUGCGGAGAAGCUCUUCCCCGCGAAAAUAUUUCUUACGUCAGCCCUGCACGACGCCGUGAUGAACGUGCUGUGCCAAGAGGACAUCUACCUCGACAUCGACCCGGCCAAGUCGCCGCUCCGCUUCCCCACAGCAGAACGGGCACGGCGUUUUGGACCCGACCCGCAAAGCCCGCACUAUCACAAGAAGGUGGCCCAACACCGGAAGAUCAUCAUCGAAAAGCUCGUGCUGCUCACCCAUUCUUUCGUCAAAGGGAUCACCGACUCGCUGGCCUGCUUCCCGGCUUCGCUCACCUGGCUCGUGCAGCAAAUGUACCAAUCGUUGGUGGCAAACGGCACUUCAGAGCAACAGGCGUUGCUAAUCUGUACGGACCUCGUCGUCACAAAUCUCCUCUGCCCCGCUAUCACCAACCCGGAAAGCCUCGGCGUGAUCAGCGACACACCCAUUGGGCACAUUGCGAGGUUUAACCUGAUGCAAAUGGGCCAACUCGUGCAGGUGCUCGCCCUCUCCAAGUAUGAACAACCCCAGGCUCACCUCCAACUCUUCACCGCGCAGUUCAAGGACAGCCAAAUCUGCGACAUUGUCACGCAUCUACUGAACCGUCAACUGCCCAGACUUGAAGCCAUGUUCCCGCCGAUCGUGUGUGAGUCGAACAGGAACGAGGAGCUCUUCAAGAAGACGCACUUUUUGGGCUCGCUUUUCGAGGUGAACUGCUUGCUGAAUGGCGUCCGCAGUACGGCCGCGGAAAAUAUGAAGGACGCGGGAAAGCUGAAGAGCAUGAAGGAUUACAUCAAGCGGAUGCCCGCCGCCUUCUCGACCCCGCUGACGAACAACAACACCCCGCAUUCACAGGGCGACCCUUCGGAGCGCCGGAAUAAAAUUCGACAAUUCACGGAUAAGGUCCAAACAGCCUUCCGAAACGACGGAGAAGCCCCGCCAAGCCUUGAGAUCAACACCCCGGCCGUCGAGCUGCCUCUCGAAUAUUUUGACAUUGUCGUUUUCAGAUUCAACGAGGACGAGAAACUGGGCCUACAACCCGAAGAAAAGUUCAUGGAGAAGAUCUCGAAAGAGGCGAAACGGCAGAAGAUUGCGGGUGGGGACAAGGAGAAGCGGACCCGUUUUUUGGACAACGCCAGCACAAUUGGUUCGGCCGUUUCCGAAUCGACCGAGGCGCCGGCGUCCGAUAUCGAAGACGGCGACGGGGAUGGGGACUCGCUGAGCAGCAGCAUGGAGCCGCCUCAUGAGGACAGGCUGUUGAUGCUCGACGAGGACGGUGCGUCCACGCUGCCCGACAACGUCUCCGACGUAGGCCCGAUGAGCGGCCGGGGGAGCCCGAGUCUCAGCGGACGCGGCACUCCACUCAGCCAGAUUGGGCAACCCGAUCAGCAAGAGCCGGAAGUGGAUGGCCAGGAAAACGAGGCCGAGCUGGCUGCCGCUUCGACGACCGCGGGCGAUCGCGAUGACCCGGCCCGCCGUGCCCUGCCUCCCCUUCCGGUCACUGUGCGCAAGGAGAACGCCGAGGGGCUCGAGGAGAAAUUCGGAAAAUUCAGCCUGCCCCCAAACUCGUCCGGUCGUGGUGGUUACAGAGACGAUCAGCGCUCGUUGCUCUCCGACUCGUGGUCGACCGACGUCGUCGCGUCCGACAACGAGGGCCCGGCCCCACUGCCCCCGCUUCCCCCUGGCGAUAAUCUGGCUCCUGGAGGACAUCGAGCCGGAAGGCAUGCCGGGCGUUCUGGGUCUCUCGGCGGUCAGCCUGGCGGACCGGGAGGCGAAGACCGAAGUGAUACGUGGAGCCUCGACGCUGUGGCCAGCGACAGCGAGGCGGACGGGCGGGAACGUGAUCGUGAGGUGGAUCGUGAGGUCCAGCAUAAUCAGCAGCUACAAGGCAACAACGUUUUGAACAACAUCGCCGCCCCGAACGAGGUCCCGGUGGAGAACCUGCUGAACUUGAACCUGGAUCCGCCGGCCGAGCCGAUGAACGCGCAGGGCCAGGGAGAUCGCAUGCGACGUCAAAGUAGCGGCAGCUCGUUCCUCUCGCGCUCCGACCUCGAUUCGGACGCUGGACUGCUCCGUGAUGUCGACGACGUUCAGGCGAUGCCGCCAGACCAGGCGUCCACCUCGAAGACGCCGCCCGCCCUUCCGCCCAGGCCACCAAAUGCGGGGACGCCUACACCUCCUCGAAUCCCACCGAGACCCUUAACCCAAGAGCGCCCCUCCUCGUCCGGUGCCACCAUCGGCUCCCCAACAACAUCCGAACCUGCCGACCAGAAACCCGGCCCCUCCGGAAAUUCGCCGUUCUCGGGUGCUGCGCUGCGCGGCAAGAAGACGGCCAUUUUUCAAGGCCUCCGGAACGUUGGCGACAAAAUUGGAGACAAGAUGCGCAAGGGGAUGAAUGCCACGCCGUUACGACAGUUCCCGCACUCGUCGACGUUCAACGACUUGCUCGGGUCGUUGCCGGGCAGCAGUGAUUGGCGCAACGACGCGCAGCGCCGGCGGGGCAGCGAGCCUAAGCUGUCCUGCUCGAGUAGCCAGCCCGUGAAUUUGCAUAAAUUGCCCGAUAUUGCCCCCGAAGAGAUCCUCAGCAAGUACAAAUCCCAGCAAAAGCCUUCCGUCGUCUUGGUCGACAUCUCGGACCUCCCGGCGGAGCCUGUCGCUGCUCAAAAUGCGGGGCUUUACUACGACUCGACCAACCUGACACAGUGCCGCGCGUUUGGCGAUGCCAAGCGAAAAUUGCGACAUGUGCUGAGCAAUGUCGGCACCCUUCCAGCGCCGGUGCUUUUGUCGAGGAGGGACAACGUUGGGCCGGUGGAUGCGCUGUCUGAGCGCCAUCAGCUGAUGCGCCUCCUCCGCGUGCUGCUCGCCGAAGCCAUCAACUCCCGGGAGCAGGUCCUCACCGCCCAUAUCCGCGAGGUGAUCCGCGUGCUCGCCUUCUUCGACGAUAAGGGCGUUCGGAAGCUGCUCCGUGCCCUGCGCGAUGACCACCGGAAGCGGACGUCCUACGUGCUCUACCUCCAGCAGUCACGACUCACGCUGCUACGGUUGCUGUCGCAGAUCGACUGCCUCGAUCAUCGGGUUAAAAAGGGCCGGGAGUUGAUCCGCGAGUGCAUCGUCGAGGUGCUCGUCCGCUUCUACCUGGACAAUCACGACAGCUCGAUGAAGCGCCUGCUCCACGACUUCCAGCAACGAUCGCUGCAGGACGAGCGCAUCGAACUGCUCACGCGGACGCUGAACACGAUGCUGGAUCGGAUGCGCGACAAUCUGAUGUGGCGUGACGCUUUCCCGGAAAUGCUCGAAUUCGCCAACAAAACGGUCGAGCGCCUUUUCUACGCCCGGAUCUACAAUGUGGCUUUCUACCCGAACUACGAGGCCGACCACUCGAGGGACGAGGUGCUCUGCAAAGCCUUGCAGCGCUUGAGCCGCACCGUCACCCCGGACCAUCCGAUGCUCCACAUCCCGAGGGAGCUCCAUGGUGAAGCCCCGUGGCCUUCAGCCCAAGCCGACAUCGAGAUCAUCAACGCGUACAAGAGCCCCAGGGACAAAUUACAGUGCGUAGUCCGAGCGUGCAGCACCAUCUCGAAUCUGAUCGCCUUGGCGCCAGGCGCUGGCCCUGCAGCGGCCGAUGAUCUAACCCCAGUUCUCGUCUAUGUUUUGAUUCAGGCCAACCCGCAGUCCCUGAUGUCCAACGUGCAAUACGUGCAAAGCUUCUCCGGGCACGACAUGAACGGCUCCGACCUCUACUGGUGGACGCAGUUCACCGCCGCCAUCGAAUUCAUCAAGACCCUUCUG